CUGGAAAGCGCUCGAUCAACCAUUGGACGGCGGCCUGCAGGCUUCGCGACACGAGACGGAGGGCUGCUUCGCAAAGAGCACGUGGACAUCCCUCGAGGCCGUGUCUGCUUGCUGCGACAUACAUAAAGCCUCGAGUCCUCGUCGCUGCCUUCCAGACGGCAUCAUACGCGGAAUCCACACACUUCCUCUACCAUCCGAACAUCCCAUAAUUCGAGGCCAAUGCCCCUGCAAUAGCGAGCACCCGAGACAAGCGCACGGCAAGACGGACGGACGGCUGCAUGCGCGUGCGCACCCAUGAAAGACACGCGAGAUGCGGCAUCGGGCUCAGACAUAGGGCUGGAUGGCCAGAAGCCUGCUCUGCAGGUAAUCUGUCUUGGCUCCAGCGGUGGGCCGAGCGAGGAGAAUGUCUCAGGCUUCUUGGUGCGGUCGUUGGCGAGUGAGUGGUCCAAGAAUUCGAUGCUGGCCGUCGAUGCCGGAUCACACCUCGCGCCUAUCAUACGCAUAUUGGAACGCGAUUUCCCCAGCAUAAGUGCCGAUCCGAGCAGAAGCGGCGCAAAUGGAGGCAAUACAUCAAAUGGUGGAGGCAGACCCGUGCCAGUAAAUGGUCGAACUCCCUCUCCUCUAGACGACAAUGAGCAGGCCAAACUAGAACCGAAGAUACUAAAAUCCGGCCCUUUCGCAGGGUUGAAGUUUCCGAAUGAGUCCGCGAGGGCGAAUGCUUUACAUGUUUUGAGGACCUAUAUUUCGACUUAUCUGAUCACCCACCCACAUCUAGAUCACCUUUCUGGUUUUGCCAUCAACACGGCUGCAUUCGCUGCUACCUCGAAGCCUAAGACACUUGCGGCCUUGCCAAGCACUGUCGAUGCGAUCAAGACUCACAUCUUCAACGACGUGAUAUGGCCCAAUCUAAGCGAUGAAGACGGCGGGGUCGGUUUCGUCACAUUCCAACGUCUGAAAGAGGGAGGUGAUGUCAUGGUCGGCGAAGGUGAAGGGAGAGGAUAUAUCGAAGUAUGCGAUGGUUUGGGUACACGCGCAUUCAAAGUAUCGCACGGCGUCUGCACCAAAAGCCCACCAAGCCACCGUCACCGAGGUAGCAUUGCUGGAAUUUCCGACUCGCAGGUCCCGCCGUACAAUGGAUCGAUCCAAGGGACGUCGCAAGAUCCUGUUUCUGCAGCGACUAUGGGCAGGUCGCUCUCGAUAUCUGCAAUGCAAUCGCAGCCUGGAACUCCAGGUGGUACCAGACACAGUUUUCAUGGUCAGAGUCAUCCCUCACCGCACUUGCACGAUUCACCCGACUACGCUUGCGUUGUGGACAGCGCGGCAUACUUCUUACGAGACGAGCAAACACAACGCGAGGUUCUGAUAUUUGGUGAUGUCGAGCCUGACUCUCUAUCGCUCAGUCCGAGGACACAUAUCGUCUGGCAAGAGGCUGCGCGAAAGAUUGCACAAGGUGUCCUGGGUGGUGUCUUCAUCGAAUGCAGCUACGACGACAGUCAGGCCGAUCCAGUACUAUUUGGUCACCUCAACCCCAAGCAUCUCAUUGCCGAACUGCAGAACCUGGCCAGCAUGGUUUCCGACGCGAAAGCAGCGCGUGUUGCAGAGAAAACCGGCAAGAAACGAAAACGAUCGGAGCUUGGCUUUGUCUCUGCUGUAAAUGGACUGGAUCAUGCAAAGACAUCCCUUCCCGAAAGCGCUCAGAAGCGUAACAAGCAUCUAGCGAACACGUCAACACCGGAUGACAGACGUCGAAGCAGCGCUCCCGAUCAUCGCAUAUCCGAAAUAUCAAGCACCUCCACUCGAACAAACGCUUCUACAUCUCCCUCAAUAGAUUCCAUGAAGCAUUACCAAUUCCAACCACCCUAUAACGACUCGGAGCACAUUACGGAACCUGGGACCUCACCACGAUCCCUCGCUUUCCCGCGUUCAAUCGACGGCAUCGACAGCGCGCCUGACGAACUCCCGCUUACCGGCAUUCGAAUAAUCAUAAUACACAUCAAAGAUACCCUGAAAGAUGGCCCGCACGUGAGCGAAAAUAUUUUAGCACAGUUGCAAGAGCAUGAGGCAGGGCUGCGUGAACAAAGUCUGGGGUUGGGCUGUGAAUUCAUCAUUAGUCAGAGUGGUGAAAGUUAUUGGUUCUGAGCAAUUUGGGUCGGUGAUGCUCUAGCUUUUGGUGCAGAGUAGAGCAGAGUACUGUACUGUACUGUACUCGACGAACGAACGAACACCCGACCGACCGACCGAUUUGCUUUUUCGGGGGAUCUGCAAGCCUCGAAUAAAUACCCGGAUGGAUGGAUAUAUGUUUUUGAUGAGGCGUUUAAGCGGCGUGGUAUGAGAAGCUUUCAGGUUCCUAUUUUUUUUGGAGGGGGGAACGGCAUUUUAUGGGGACGGGCACAUGGGUGAAUGGAGAACCAUGUGGUUUUUAUUAUCAUCAUGAUGGGAGGGAAGGGCACGCUCACGCUGACAGGUAAUGAAAGGAGUACCGGUGUUUGGCGGCGUUGUGUUGUAUACACUGUGGUGUUUGUUGAUCAUGAGUUGUUGUUUACUUCGCCGAAUGUUUGAUGCCGGUGUAUAUAUUUUUUUCGAAUCUAUACAUAUGACUUUUG